AUGGCGCUGCUGGGGGCUCCGUGGAGCCUGGCGGCAGCCGCCUCCCGCAAACGGCGGCUGCUCGCCAUCGUCUUGCUGCGGCCUCCGGCCGCCGCCGCCGCCGCCGCCUGCGCGCACGGCUGGCUUGCGGGGAGCGGGCGGCAGCGGGCCCGCGCGGCCCCGGGGAGCGGCCAGAUUCCACCAAUCUGCAAGCAAAGAUCAUGGCACAGUCUGGGGGUAGAUUAUUCGAGGCCGUUAUUGGAGGCUUCAGAGAUCCUCCCAAGGUGGCAACUGAUAGAAAAGAGGAUGUGUUGGCAUGGUCAUGCAGGUGGAGGGCUUCACACAGAUCCAAAGGAAAGGCUGAAAGAGAUAGAUGCCAAAAAGAUUAUCAAAGCAAUGUUGUCUUACGUGUGGCCCAAAGACAGACCAGACCUGCGAGCCAGAGUAGCCAUAUCUCUGGGGUUUUUAGCAAGUGCAAAGGCCAUGAAUAUAUUGGUUCCCUUCAUGUUUAAAUAUGCAGUAGACAACCUCAACCAGGUAUCUGGAAACAUACUCAACCUCGACGCUGCACCAAAUACAGUGGCAACUGUGGCAACUGCUGUUCUCAUUGGCUAUGGUAUCUCAAGAGCUGGGGCAGCGUUAUUUAAUGAAGCUAGAAAUGCAGUAUUUGGGAAAGUAGCUCAAAAUUCAAUCAGAAGGAUAGCAAAGAAUGUUUUUCUGCACCUUCAUAACCUGGAUUUGGCGUUCCAUCUAAGUAGGCAAACCGGAGCUCUCUCAAAAACCAUCGACAGAGGAACAAGAGGCAUCAGUUUUGUCCUUAGCGCUUUAGUAUUUAAUCUGGGACCUACGAUGUUUGAAGUCGCGCUAGUCAGUGGAAUCCUGUAUUACAAAUGUGGUGCAGAGUUUGCUUUAGUAACUCUGGGGACACUAGGAACCUACGCAGCAUUCACGAUAGGAAUUACGCAGUGGAGGACUAAGUUUCGAAUAGAAAUGAACAAAGCAGAUAAUGACGCGGGUAAUGCUGCAAUUGACUCGCUACUAAAUUAUGAGACUGUGAAGUAUUUCAAUAAUGAAAAAUAUGAAGCCCAACGGUAUGAUGAAUUCUUGAAGACAUAUGAAAAUGCUUCCCUGAAGACUACCUCUACUUUAGCUCUCCUGAACUUCGGACAGAGUGCUAUAUUUAGCAUUGGCUUAACGGCCAUCAUGGUGCUUGCUAGCCAGGGCAUUAUUGCAGGCAGCCUUUCUGUUGGAGAUCUAGUAAUGGUGAAUGGAUUGCUGUUCCAGCUUUCUCUUCCCCUAAACUUCCUGGGAACAGUAUACAGAGAGACAAGACAAGCACUUAUAGAUAUGAAUACCUUGUUUACACUUCUCAGUGUAGAUACCAAAAUUAAAGACAAAGAGCUGGCUCCACCCCUGCAGAUCACACCACAGACUGCUGCCAUCACCUUUGAUAAUGUGCAUUUUGAAUACCUUGAAGGGCAGAAAGUCCUUGCUGGAGUGUCUUUUGAAGUCCCUGCGGGAAAGAAAGUGGCCAUUGUAGGAGGUAGUGGGUCAGGGAAAAGCACAAUUGUGAGAUUAUUAUUUCGUUUCUAUGAACCUCAGAAAGGAAAUAUUUAUGUUGCUGGACAGAACAUACAAGAUGUCAGUUUGGAAAGUCUGAGAAAGGCAAUAGGAGUUGUACCUCAGGAUGCUGUUCUCUUCCAUAAUACUAUCUAUUACAAUCUGCUCUAUGGCAAUAUCGGUGCAACACCAGAAGAGGUGUAUGCAGUAGCAAAGUUGGCGGGAAUCCAUGAUGCUAUUCUUCGAAUGCCAAAUGGUUACAACACUCAGGUUGGUGAACGAGGACUCAAGCUCUCAGGAGGAGAAAAGCAAAGAGUUGCAAUUGCUAGAGCAAUGUUAAAGGAGCCACUUAUUUUUCUCUAUGAUGAAGCCACAUCAUCUUUAGAUUCAAUUACAGAAGAGAAUAUCCUCAGUGCCAUGAGGGACAUGGUGAAACACCGAACAUCGGUUUUCAUUGCUCACAGGUUGUCAACAGUAGUUGAUGCAGAUGAAAUCAUUGUGCUGGAUCAGGGUAAAGUUGUGGAACGUGGUAGACAUGCAGACCUCCUUGCAAGUCCUAACAAUCUCUAUUAUGAAAUGUGGCAUACACAGAGCAGCAAAGUACUAAAUAGUCAUAACAAUCCAAAUUGGGAAGAGAGAAAUAAUCGCGUGUCCAAAGAGGAGGAAAGGAAGAAGCUAGAAGAAGAAAUUCUCAAUAGUGUGAAAGGCUGUGGAAACUGUUCAUGCUAAGUAUGAUCCUGGAUUAAUCUUCUGUAACAGGUUAAAAAUGCACAAGAUUACAAUGAAGUGCAGCUCUUGUUUUUAAGUCAGCAUUCAAAAACUUCCUGGGUUUUGCAGUUUUUGGGUUUUACAGUUUCUCAGAGGGACGUAAUUUCAACCAAAGGAGUUAUAUUUUUACAUCUUUAGAAAUCUCUAAUAUUCAAUGGCAUCUGCAAGAGCUGAGCUUUUUCAAAAACUUCAAACUUCUCAACUAAGAGUGUAAUUUAUGGCAAUUUUUAGGCAUUGGUAAAUUCUUCUGGUAGUCACUUGAGGUGGAUUAUUAAAUUGUAAACAGA